ACAGCUGACAAGUUAUCUCAUAGGGCAUUUCGCCCAAAUUCACACACUGCAAUUUCACUUUCGUUCUUUCAACGGUGAUUCUUCAAAAAUGCCGCUGAAGCUACAGGACGCCUCCGUCUCCGACUUCAAUGCUGUAUUCGACAAAUUCCGAUCGGAACUGCCAAACAAUAAAGCUAAUUUCAUCCUCUUCUUGGCCGACAAAGACCCUUCCACCUCUCUCAGCUGGUGUCCUGACUGUGUGAGAGCUGAACCAGUAAUCUACAAAAAACUGGAAGCAGCAUCGGAUGAUAUCGCACUUCUGAGAGCCUAUGUUGGAGAUAGACCAACAUGGAGGAAUCCUAGGCAUCCAUGGAGAGUGGAUUCUAGGUUCAAGCUUACUGGAGUUCCAACGCUGGUCCGAUGGGAGGCGAAUGAUAAAAUCAGUGGUCGCCUUGAAGACCAUGAAGCUCAUGUGGAGAAGAAAAUUGAUGCCCUUAUUGCCAAUUAACCAUUGUUAGUGUCUGCUCCAUAACACAGUGAAGCACCUUUUCCAACUUAAUAUGCACUACAUUCCUGAGGAACUUAUAUGUGAUACCUCAGUUAUAGAACUAUCCCAUAAAUAAAGCUUCAUGAGAGUUCAAUCAGUAUAUCAGUUUACUAUUCCGCUGAAAAUGGAAGAACA